UUUUUAUUCAUUACUAUAUACUCAAAAUUUUGAUAAUCCAAUUUCCAAGCAAAGGAGUUUUUACCGACUAUAUUUCUUGUCUCAGAAAACACUGUUACAAAUUCAUUAAGCUUCUCUCAGAAAACCAAUUUUAAGGAUACGUGGUGUGAACUGCUAAUGGGAGAACACUUGGCUCUAUGUGUUGAUCGUCUUAUCACACCUGAAUCUUUGAACUCUCUGAAAGGAUCAGAGGAUGCAGGAUCUUCAGGGGGAAGUUCUUGCUCUCACACUAUAGGUCAAUCUGCCUAUGGUACUGCUAAUAAGGAGGAUGAAGAACCAGAAACUGGAGGUGAAGAUCAACCAUUACUUCAGACCGUGGAAUGCCGAAUUUGCCAGGAAGAAGAUAGCCCGAAGAAUUUGGAGAUUCCUUGCAGCUGCAAUGGCAGCUUAAAGUAUGCUCAUAGGAAAUGUGUUCAGCGGUGGUGCAAUGAGAAGGGCGAUAUAAUUUGCGAGAUCUGCCAUCAGUCUUACCGACCUGGCUAUACUGCUCCACCACCACCUUCUCUCUCUGAAGAUAUUGCCAUUGACAUGAGUGGGGGCUGGACAGUGGCUGGUACUCAGCUUGACUUACGUGAUCCUCGGCUUCUUGCAAUGGCAGCUGCAGAGCGUCAUCUCUUGGAGGCUGACUAUGACGAAUAUGCUGAUUCAAGUGCUAGUGGAGCUGCAUUUUGCCGUUCUGCUGCUUUAAUUUUAAUGGCCCUUUUAUUAUUGAGGCAUGCUGUGACCAUCGGAAAUGGUGAUGCUGAUGGUGAUGGGGAUGAUGAUGAUGUUUCUGCCUUUUUCUCGCUUUUCUUACUCCGUGCUGCUGGUUUUCUUCUACCUUGCUACAUUAUGGCUUGGGCUAUCAGUAUCAUGCAGCGUCGAAGGCAGAGACAGGAGGCAGCAGCAGUAGCGGCAGCAGAAGUUGCUUUCAUGCUGCAGGCAGGGCAACAUAGGGGAUUGCAUGUAACAAUAGCACCAGGACCUGCACAGGCAGCAGAACCUUCAGCAAACCCAACUACCCACGUUGCAACUCCGACCGGCCAGGUCGUAACUCCUCCUCCAGAGCUAGUAUAAAUGGCUUUGCUCAGCUUGCAUGUUAAAAAGUAGUUGCUAAUGGUGGCAUUGUACUUUUGUAAGUUGCACAAGUUAAAGAGAAUAGAGGUUUUUGUUCCUUUUUUUAUUUCUCUUUAUUGUAUUAGUUGUAUCUUUGCCCUGCCAACAAUGGACUGAUGCAGAAGCGGAAACUGUUUUCAUUUGUUCAAUAUUUCACUAAUGCUUGAACAUGUAAAAAAAAAAAAAUAUCAUGGCAGCUAACUUAGCUGCUUCCAUUUCAAUGUGGAGAUGGCCACAUCUUCACAUUGUGUACAUUGUUUCUUUUUAUAGAUAUGGUUUUCGCUUAA